UGCUUUACUAAACGUCUGCACCACAUAUUGUGUAAAGAUGCAACAGGAAAGAUUAUACUCGAAGAUUAAACGAUUAAUCAUCAGCCUUCUUUUGGCCCUAACGUCAAUAACUUCCGGUAUCAACAUAAGGACAAAGUUGGGUCAGAUAGAAGGCGCUACAGUCGUUGUAAAUAAUGUAAGUGUUCACCAGUUCCUCAAAAUACCGUUUGCCAAACCUCCCAUCGGAACACUUCGGUUCCGGAAGCCAGAGCCUUUUGGAAAAUGGAACGAAACACUAAAAGCAACAGAGUUUGGACCAUCAUGCAUGCAGAACAUCUAUGAAAACGACCAACGUCUGAUUCCAAACCUUAACAUUACCGAGGACUGUCUUCAGCUGAAUGUGUUUGUCCCAGGAGAUAUUUACAGACAGCAGAACCUCUCCGUUAUGAUCUGGGUACAUGGCGGUAGUCUAACGCACGGGCAGGGUACCAUGUUUAAUGGCUCCUACCUCGCUUCUCGAACAAACGUUAUAGUGGUGACUAUAAAUUACAGACUGAAUGUGUUCGGGUUUAUCUACGCGGGCCUAGACUCCAAUUUUAAGGGACAUUAUGGAUUCUUUGAUCAACAACUGGCUUUUAAAUGGGUGAAGGAUAACAUAGAAGAUUUUGGCGGGAAUUCCAAUAGCAUCACCAUAUUUGGAGAGUCUGCUGGAGGAAGAUCUGUUACUUUACAGAGUAUCAUUCCUAGUAACCUAGGUUUAUUCCAGCGUGUUAUAGCAGAGAGUGGAUCUGUUUUGGUGCCAGCAGAUGUACCCGUCACUGAUACAGACUCACUAAAUAUGAUGAAACAAAUCGCCAAACUUAUGAACUGCUCACGUUCUAACAUUGAUGAGACAAUGCAUUGUCUACAGUCUAAUAACGCUUCUUAUUUAGAAUCAAUGACAUCAAAUAUUCGGUUUUCCUUGCCUGCUGGGGAGCUCUUUAACAAUUCCCUUUUCAGCGAUCUGAAAAAUACGAAUUCAGCUUCUUUUAAAAUGUUACAGAGUAUAGAUCUAAUGGCAGGCACCAAUACAGGCGAAGCUGGAUUAGAGUACUUUAAAUUAGCUGGUUUCCAAAAGUCCUGGGGUUUCAACGUCUCCGAAAAUAUCCCAUCAAGAAUUCUUUGCGAACACAUUGUCCCAGAUGUUACUGAAAAAUGGUUUCAAACCUGUGAUGACCUUAGUGUUGCAAUAUGCCAUAGGUACUUGCAGAAUGUGGCAGAAAAUGCUUCCCUAUUAGACCAAACUCAGGCAGCCUCAGAUUUGUACGCUGAUUUAGCGAUUAAUUAUCCAACAUUUUACUUACUUCAGUUACAUUCAAACACGAAGAACAAUAAUACCUACCAAUAUUCCUUUGCACACAAACCCACUUGGGAGCUAAUGCAGGACAGACCGGUGUGGCUUCGGGGACCAAACCACGCCUCCGAACUGGCGUUUGUGUUCGGUCUAAAGAACUGGUAUCCGCAUACAAUUUCACCAACACCUGCUGAGCUUGAUUUGUCACAUUCAAUGAUGGACUUCUGGUCUAACUUCGCCAAGACAGGAAAUCCCAAUUCUAGAGAGCAAAAUAUUUGGAAAUCAUUCAACAUGAGAAAGAGACACUAUCUUUCUCUUGAUAUACCAUUAAUGCCAGGAGUAUCUCUGUAUGGAUCUAGAAUGGACUUCUGGGAUAUAGAUAUACCAAACGUAGUUCAUGCAUGUAGAAGUGGAGAAUAUAUAAUUCCAACUUCGUUGGGGAAAAUUCGCGGGAUCAUAACAAAAGUGAAAUCUAAGAAAAUUUCGAUUUUCAGGAAAGUGCCAUACGCUUUACCUCCUUUAAAUACAUUGAGGUUUGCCAAACCACUCCCCGUUGGUCCGUGGAAUGGAACUCUAGAUUCAACUGUUUCUGGACCUUCCUGUGUUCAGUUUCUUGACAAAAAUAACCCAAGACUUCCAAAUGUAAAUAUGUCUGAGGACUGUCUGCAUCUGAAUAUCUAUGCUCCAUUUCCUAUACGACAGACGUCAAGGAAGGCCGUCAUGAUUUGGAUACAUGGGGGCGGAUUCACAGGAGGCCAGGGAACCUCCAUAGAUGGAAGUCAUCUGGCUCUUAAAGGUGACGUCAUAGUUGUAACCAUUAAUUACCGACUAAACAUCUUUGGGUUUUUCAGCAAUGAUAGUUCGGACACUCGGGGUAAUUAUGGUUUGUACGACCAACAACUUGCCAUCAAAUGGGUAAAUGAAAAUAUUCUUGCUUUCGGGGGAGAUCCCAACAGGAUAACGUUAUUUGGAGAAUCAGCCGGGGGAGUCUCUACCACUCUACAAAGUGUGAUACCAAGCAACAAAGGAAUGUUUCUGAGAGUUAUUGGAGAGAGUGGAUCUUUUCUUGCUCGAAGAGACUACGAAACAAAGACGCUUGACACCUCUCACCAAGUGAUUGCAAAAGUGUCUUGUCAGAGAACAUCUCAAAAAGAAAUAUUGGAUUGUCUUCGCUCAAAGGACGCUGGUUAUUUAUUAAAGAUUUGGGGAGAAAUUUCUUGGAAUCAGUCGCAUUCUGGUAGCUAUUCACUCACGACGUCUAUUGGCCCAGUUACAGACGUGGAACUCAUUCCAGAAUCUCCCGAUGCUGCGAUGUCAAAUCCUAAUUCAGCGAUGUACAAACAGUUCAACAAUAUUGACCUACUUGUUGGAACUAACACAGCAGAUGCAGGGCUUCUUUAUUUUAAUCUAAAACCAUAUGCCUCCAUUUUCAAAUUUAACUUAUCCGAGGGUGUGCCCACGAGAAUAGUUUGUGAUGAAAUGACGCCUUCAAUUGUAAGAGAAAUUUAUGAGAUUAAUUGUUCUUCUUUGGUCACUGCCAUAUGUAAACAGUACACCCCAACCCCACCAGCGACACUCCAAGCUCAAUCUCAGAUGGCUGCCGAUCUUUAUGGAGAUUUUCUGGAGGAUGUACCGACCAUCAAGUCUCUUGAUGCACAUGCCUCAUCAACCAGGUCAACAUUUCAAUACCUGUUUUCUCACAGACCUGCCUGGGAGGUAAUUGGAGAGCGCCCCUUAUGGCUAAAGGGAGCUAACCACGCAUCGGAAUUGCCCUUUGUAUUUGGACUGAAGACUUUCUAUCCACCAAAUGUGCAAAUAUCAGCAGAGGAGCAGGCUCUUGCAGAUCGAAUGAUGGAGUACUGGACAAAUUUUGCGAAAUAUGGAAAUCCUGACGAUAAUUCCACUGGAAUUUGGAAACCUUACACCGUAAACAGUAGAGACUACAUCAGGCUUGACCUGAACAUUACCAUGGCGUCAACCCUGUACAAAGACAGAGUUCACUUCUGGACAGACACGGUGCCUGGGAUUGUAAAGGGUUGUCAAGGGCGGUCUGUUGACGCUGCGCCAUCUAAUUACUCUUACACUUCAUUUGUCUUAGGAAUUAUCUUCAUAUUCAUCCUAAAUUUAUGUUUCUUAUGGACAAUGAUUUUAAUUUUGUGUAUCUUUUUGUCUGCCGUAAAAGGAAGUUUAUUUCUUAAUGGCACUGUUAAUACAAAGUUGGGGCGGAUUCAUGGUUUUCUGAAAGACGUGGACGGACAGGCAGUUUAUACAUUUUUGAAGGUUCCGUAUGCCUUGCCUCCUAUCGGGUCUCUGAGAUUCAGUAAGCCACAUCCUGUAAUGCCAUGGAACGGAGUGCUAGAUGCUACUAAUCCUGGUCCAUCGUGUUAUCAAAGAAUUAGUCGAUCAUACAGGAAGUUUUUGCCAUCAAUGAACGUUUCGGAGGAUUGCUUGUAUAUGAAUAUAUAUGUUCCUGUGUCAGUGUCCCCAACAAAUAAAUUUCCAGUAAUGGUGUACAUUCAUGGAGGAGGAUAUUCCACGAAAUCUGCUAAUUUACACGACGGAUCUCGAAUGUCUGCCAAUGGUCACGUGAUUGUUAUUCUGAUAAAUUACAGACUAGGAAUGUUUGGUUUUCUGAGCACCGAGGACGAGAAUGCGCGCGGUAACUAUGGACUAUGGGAUCAAAUCGAGGCUCUGAAAUGGAUCCAGAAAAAUAUUGGAUAUUUUGGCGGAGACCCCUCUCAUGUGACGGUAUUUGGACAUUCUGCAGGAGGAUACAGCAUCGGACUACUACUCCUUUCUAAAUAUUCCUAUGGUUUAUUUCACAGAGCAAUAGCAAUGAGUGGGCUUGGUCUCAACAGACGAUCUGUCACUCAUGACGCUCGCAACGCGGCUUUUCGUGUAGCAAAGUUUGUAGGAUGUUAUAACAACACUGUAGAAUACAACAGCAACUCUGUAAACGCUUCUUAUAUUGUAUCGUGUUUACGAGGCAAAACACCUACUGAAAUCCUGAUAGCAACUGGAAAAAUGCGAGCCAGUUAUCACAAAUAUGAUUUUAUAAUGAGACCCGGUCCUGUAAUUGAUGGCGAAUUACUCUCGAGUUCACCAGAACGUAUUAUAAAUGAUCCAGUAUCAGAAGGUUUUAAAACUUUCGUGAGUGCUGACAUCAUUGCUGGAACCAAUGACGAGGAUGGAUGGCUGUUAAGGUCAAAACUAACAGCCAUGCAGAGUACCUACAACUUUAAUCUGGAUGAUGGGGUUUCUUCCUCUGCAAUGUGCGAUGGGGUUGUAAAGGCCUUAGUUCGCGAUUACUUUCACUCCAAUCCCAUUAUUUGGAAUGAAAUAUGCAAAAUGUAUUUAAAAAACAGUUCAAUUCUUGCUCAAGGUCAUGCAACUCUUGACAUGUAUGGUGACAUGCUGUACGCCUCUCCCGCAGUGGAAACACUCAGAAAACAUCGGUCAGGAUUAAAAAGUUUUGGGAAGGCCUUGGAGAAAAAGACGUUCCAGUUUAUUUUUACUCAUAAACCCACAUUUCCAGUCAUCACUCGCCGCCGGAAGUGGCUGACAGGUGCACAGCAUGGUGAUGAGACGUGGUUCAUUUUUCGAAAUAAAAAUUUUAAUUACACAAAGGAGGAACAGAAAUUAAGUGAUGACUUCGUAAAGUAUCUGACCAAUUUUGCGAAAACGGGGGAUCCAAACAGUGAUAAAACAGAUGUCACCUGGCCAGCAUUCACGGAGACUGACAGCUAUAUAACAAUUAAUGAGAACAUGUCGAUAGGACAGCAUCUGUUCGGGAAAAGAAUGACAUUCUGGCUAGAUACAGUGCCUUCCCUUCUAUAUGCGUCAACGUCUUCACAGAUAACGCUUCAUAAAUGUUCUGUAAUUCAAAAUAUCCGGUUGGUGGGACCUCCUGGAGUAGCAGGUCAAGGUCGAGUGGAAAUCCAGAAGGACGGAAUAUGGGGCACUGUGUGCGACGACCAGUUCGAUAUGAUGGACGCCAAAGUUGUCUGCAGAAUGUUGGGAUCAAAGGGGAACGUUCAUCAGGCAACGGUAGAGGGAGUCUUCGGCAAAGGAACCGGACGGAUCUUCUUUGACGAACUGCAGUGUGUUGGCACUGAAACUGACCUUGAUCAAUGUCGAAGUGACUCCUUCCACGACUGCUUCCACAGCGAAGACGCUGGUGUCAUCUGUGACGCAGAUUCUGUAAAAUUCCGGUUGGUUGGCGGGUCUGAUUCUAGCAGUGGUCGAGUGGAAGUGAACCUGAAUGGACUGUGGGGAACUGUCUGUGACGAUGAGUUCGACACACGAGCGGCUCAGGUUCUGUGUAAACAACUGGGGCUGCCAUACGCACAUGCUUUUCCAAACAAUUUCGGCCCAGGAACAGGAUCCAUAUGGCUUGAUGACGUCAUGUGCAUGGGAAGUGAAGGUAACAUCUUGGAGUGCAACCAGACAGAAAUCGGUAACAAUGAUUGUGACCACACAGAGGAUAUCGGCGUCGUCUGCACAGACACCCCACCAAAACUUCAGAUCCGGCUUGUGGGUGGAGCCAGGAAUGACGAAGGAAGAGUGGAGGUGAACAUUGGCGCCGGCUGGGGAACUGUUUGUGAUGACGAGUGGGACUCCAACGAAGCAACUGUCGUCUGCCGCAUGCUAGGAUUCACUGGUGGUAUUCCACGAGCAGUAGCACAAGGUUUCUUCGGACAAGGUACUGGAAGUAUUUUGAUGGAUGACGUUAACUGCACGGGGACUGAGAACACUUUGGCGAGCUGUGGUUUUGCCGGUUAUGGAUCCAAUGAUUGUGACCAUACUGAGGACGCAGGUGUUAUUUGUCAUGCAGAAAAUUCACAAGCUCUUAAAGUCCGUCUGGUAGGCGGGGCUAAUGAGAAGGAAGGGCGUGUCGAAGUAUUCUUCAACAACACGUGGGGUACGGUGUGUGACGACCAGUUUGAUGACAGGGAAGCCAAGGUGUUCUGUCGUAUGCUGGGAUACAACGGUACAGCUGUUGGAUUGGCUGAGGCUCACUUUGGACCUGGUACUGGACCAAUAUUUCUAGACGAUGUAUCUUGCAGUGGAACUGAAGAUACCAUCGCGACAUGUAGCUUUGCUGGGUAUGGACAAAGCGACUGUGACCAUACAGAGGACGCAAGCGUAAUAUGUGACGCAGGUCACCAAAACAUAAGUAUCCGGCUUGUGAACGGAAAGGUUCCGAACGAAGGCCGUGUGGAAGUCCUUUACCACGGAGUCUGGGGCACUGUUUGUGACGACCGAUUUGACUCAACGAAUGCAAAAGUAGUGUGUAGAAUGCUUGGAUUUCCAACAGGUAACGCUGAAGCGGUGACUGGGGGACGGUUUGGAAUGGGGACUGGGAAGAUAUGGCUGGACAAUGUAGACUGUAACGGAGGGGAGAACUCUAUCGCCCAGUGUCGUCAUCAGGUGUGGGGCUCCAACAACUGCGACCAUGACGAGGACGUGGGAGUUCGUUGUGGAAGUACAAUAGAGAGCCCUGUUCGUCUUGCUGGUGGCUCUACACCUUAUGAAGGGCGUUUAGAGGUUUUCCAUGAAGGCAGAUGGGGUACAGUGUGCAACAAUGGUUUUGAUAAAACCGCAGCCAAAAUAAUUUGCAACAGUAUUGGAUAUCCCAGUGACAACCCCACACUUAUGCAGGCGACAAACUUCGGAGUGCCUCCUGCCACGGUGUGGUUAGAUGGGGUGAGAUGUAUGGCUCAUGGUAUAAAAUGUUACCAUUGUGACGGUGUACAAGACCCAGUGACCUGUAACGAAGAAAUGCAGUGUUCGGCAGGAGAAAUAUGUGAAGAGGCGGCAUUCAUCGCCAACGGAGAGACAAGAUUCUCACUCACCUGCCAAAGCAAAUUGGUGUGUGACGCGUUACAAGGAAAUGCGAUUGGUCGUCGGGACGUUGUUAAGAGGCAGGGUCAGACAGUGCAGGUCAAAUGCUGUGACACGCCCCUUUGUAACCGUGACCUCAUAGAUAAGUCUUCAGUCCACGGCGGGCAUGGCCACGGCCACCCUACCACCGGUUGUCAAGAUGACCCUAAGAUGGACUGUAAUGCAUUGGACGGUAUCAACAUAUGCGCCAAUGUCCAAGCGGCCAAAAUCUACUGCCCACUUCACUGUGGCCUUUGUACUAGACGCUAGGGUCAAAAUCAACAACAGAGGUAGCAGG